GUUGCUGCGCUCGGUCCUGCUGCUGCGCCCUCCUGCCUGUGCCUGGUGCAGUCCUGGUGUGUACCCACACCGUCUGGGCCCGCCGUGCCUGGGUGACCCAACACAGGUGCAUCCAGUCUGCUGCCACCACUCCCCUUGCACUGAGGGACCAGUUUUCCAAAUCCUGCGCUCUUCUGUUCCUUCGUCUUGUGCUGCUGACCUGGUGCUUCUGCUCCCUUCCGCCAUCUCCCAGGCUUGCGUCUUUGCUGUCUUAACAUGUUUUGAGACUGGCAAUGAGCUGGUGCUUGGGGACGGCAUGCAGUGUCUUUCAGUUGUGGGAGCUGCUCUGAUUGUCUUUUAAAGAAGAAGGAUAGGACUGUUGAGGGGCAAGCAUUUCCUAUCCCUAAAUCACUAAAAUACAUGGUUUUGCAUGAAGGUUUUCUGUGGCAGGUCUCUGACCUGGAGAACUGUAUUAUAAGCUUGGCCGUGUUUUGGAAAGCUCAUUUUAUAUCUUGGCACUAUUAUUACUGGUGCCUCUGGUUGGAAGGCAGGCCCAUUUUCAGGUACUGAGGCCAGAAGCUAGUAGAUGUAUUGCAAAAUUAGUCCCGAAGGGAGCACUGUGCACAGGUAACAUGCCUGCAGGUGCUUGCCAAGGCCCUUAACUGUAGUUCACAGCUGGUGUCCAAACCUUUGCCAGAAUUGGCAGGAGCUUAAAGGCUUUGAUUUACAAUAAGCUGAAAAGAUAUAGAUGAGAACCCUAUGGAAUUUGAGAAUGUAUUUGAAAAUAGUUCCUUUGCUACAGCUUAAACUAUUACACACCAGAUUUUCCCAUGAUCUUUCUGGUGACUAAUGUGUAUCUAGUAGGGAUUAGGUAAUUUAUUAGGCCUGAGUAGUAGGACUAAAUUGGACUGGCUAGCCAGUGUUAGGAAUAGAUGACCUCCUGAGGUCCCUUCCAACCCCAAUUUUCUAUGAAAGGAGAGACUGAUGGGGUGGAAGGGCCAGUGAAGUCUGGGACAAGGCUGUGGAGAUGAGCUUGAUCUUCGGUCUCCUUUGCCAUCCCUGGGGCUGGAAGAGAGAAUGUUGGAUUUAUAGUUGGACUGAUUUCCUCCUGUUUGGGACUUCACUUUUCAGAUUCAUACUCUAGAUUUCCCCCCAUGGUGCUCUUUAGGCCUCUUCAGAAGUGUGAAACCAAAUUGAGCAGAAGCUCUGGAGCUGUCUGCAAACUCUGGAGAUCAGCACCCUGUCAGUUACAUUUGUGUCAUGCUGGAAGGGUUUCUUUGCAGUUGUAGAAGACAGGAGACUUCUAUUUAAACUGAAAAGUUUAAAUUCUGGAGGCUUUGUAAACUUGGGUCCCCAUACUUCUUAGGGUCAAGCUAGAAGCUCUCCCUGAUGCAUGGAUUGUUUUCAGGCCCUCCUGGGUAGUGCAGUUCUUGCAUUUCUGAAGUUCUAAUGGGCAUGUAAUACAGGUGUAUUGCCCAGAAGAGGAGCUUAUGAGUGGAUGGUGAUGUGUACAGGUACCAGCAUUUCUGAUGACACCUAUCUAACUUGGGAGUCUUCCUUAUAAGCAGUGGAUUUCAGAAUUUUAAAUUGUAUUAAACCUGAACUUGUUGCUGCCAGGAGGGGUGCAUUGCACUGUAGCUGAUCAGAGACCAGAAACUGAUGUCCAUCUUUGCAUUGAAAGUUACUAAGUUAAUUUGCACUAGUGGUUAAUACUGUGCUGGAGGGGGCUUGCUUAUCUAUCUUUCAUCACCUUGACAUUCCAUCUUCAUUGAAAGGAGGGCUUAGACAUGUAGAUUUGGGCCAGAAAUAACAAUUAUGAUAGUCUAGUCCACCCUCUUGCCUAGUGCAGGUGAGUGAACUCACUUAGGGCAUGAUGCAUCAAGUCCCAAAUUGCUGGCUGAGGUAGAAUGUGAGGCUGGAAGCAACUCUCUUGACUUAAAAGUUCCUUUGUCUUUUGUAUGUUGAUAAAUCAUCACUGCCAGAGAUGACUUAUUUUCUAGGGCUUAUAAAAGUAGCUGUAGAUUCAACCCUUGAUCUUUGGAGUGGGACAGAUUUCACUCAAUGGCACAUUUGAAAGCUAGCCUCCUUCAGCAUGUUUACCUUCUGGUCCAUUUCAGACUAUAGGAUUUAAAGUACUGUUAUGUUUUCAGUAUAUACAGUUUAUUUAUGUAUAUCAUCAAGGUAUGAUGUCUCCAGCAAAGUACAACUCAUUAGACAUUUGCCAGCUGGUUUUGUGCCCCUCCUUGGUCCUAUUUAUAAAAGGGAUAUAUUUAGAUGGGACAAACACAUUUUCUAAUACCUUUUCCUUUGCAACCUAGAGGUCCCUUUUAACACUGUCAUUAUUUUAUUGUGUUUUCUAACUGACUUUAAAUUGAGGUUGCUGACUUUUGGGGCCUGGGACUUUAUCUUUCUUGACUAAGUUGGGUUAAAGCCAGAGCUAUUUAGAUUCUUGCCCCCUUUAAAUUUUGGGUGUUUGGACAGAGUGAGAUUCAGAAGCAAAACAUACCAGGGUUAGGUUUUCUAGAGCUGACAACCUAUGGCUGGAUUCAGCCCACAUUGCUGGGGCUUCAGCAGUGAUUGGCAGUGGAGGCCUCAGCUGGGUGCUUGGCUGUGCUGUGAUUUAGCAGUAGGGAGCUUUCCAUGGCGCACAGCAGCUAGGCAGUGGCUAGAAGCAAUGUUAGGGAGAUGAAGUAGUGGGGUGACAGCUGGGUCCAAAUUGGGCUAUUCCAUUCUGCUGCUGCAAAGCAUUGCCAGCUGAUGUUCUAGAACAUGCCGGUUCUCUUGCUCUGCCUCUAGAAUCAGAUGGAUAAUUUUUUGAUUUGGUGGGGGGGAAGGGUUUGCACUGGAGGCUGAGAACAGUCCUGUGUGUAUGCGAAUGUAUCCCAGCCUGUGCUACAUAGGUCUAGAAACACCAUGCAGUCUGUAUAUUUCAGUACAGAUGAUAGUUAUUGAUGCAGAAAUCCCUUUACACCCAGAUGCUGAAUUGUCUUCUGCUUUCUGAUCAGGAGUGUCAGAGAGAGUGCUCAGUUGAUCUCUCUCUAGCUCCUACUGUGGAUACACAAGAGACCUGUGCUCUGUGCAUCUGUCCUAGCACUCCCCAAGUACCAGGCUUUGAUUAAAAACAUUUCUCUAAAGAGGCUGCACAAGUCUCUUGGUUCAGAUUGUGAGCCAUCCAAGUGGAGGAACUGUGCCUUUAAGAGCCACAGGCUGUCUUUGUCCAGCAGUGCAAAGAACAGGAGCCCUGAGUCCCUGCUCAGCAGAAUGGAAAAUGUGAGAUGUGAUAUGGCAGCAGCUGAAGAGGGAUUUGAAGACAAAGACUUGGGGUCUAGAGAUGUGGUUUGCGAUGAGAGGGGGGGGAAAGCCUUCAGACUGAUCUCUGCUCAGUGAUAAAAGGCUUAGGCCUACAGACAUUUAACAGAUGGGAUCAGAAUUGCUACCACCCAGGGGUCCAAAUCUGACCUGCUCAGCCUCAAUGCCCCUUCCCACUUGGAUUUGGAUUUUUUACCUUUCCAUUUGUCCGAUCAGAAAGCUCAGGCUGGAUUUUGGGGCAUUCUAUUUUACAUGCUUACCUACUGGAAUAGUAAUGGGAACAACAAAUACAAACUAAGUGAAUCCUCAGAAUGGGGAGAGGUCCCAAGAUGUUGUUAGCUUCCUGUAGGUAUGCCCCAUUCCCGUGGUAAAGCCCAAGCUUUGUCCAAUGAAGGACGGGUCACCAACAUGCCAGGAGCCAGUGUUUGCUGCUAGUUUGCAGGAUCAAGUCCAUUCUACUCUCUUACAAUACAGCAUUGUGCUUUAGGAGACUGGAAGUCCCACAAUGCAGUGCCCCAUGCAGCAGCUAAUCAAAUCAAGGUAGACUGGUAUUCUACUACCUUGCCCUCUGAUGCAGAUACAGGGACCUGGGAGCCAUUUCACAGAAUUCUGUUGGGUAGCUGCAGUCAGGCAAAGUCAUGGUUAUCAUCAGUUACCUAUGUUUUGGAGAGCAGCCUUGCUAGCUGUUGGUAUGUGAUUGGAAUGCAGCAUGUGAUGAGAGGGACUUGGCAACUCCUUUUAUUUUUGAAAUGUUGCACAUUUGAUUUAGCAUUGUUUUAAACUCCCAGCUGUUUGGUGGUUAAUUUAUGGGGGCAGGUGUAAAGCUGUGAACUGUUUGUUUGUUUUUUUCCCUUAGCACAUCUUAAUCUCUGUUGAGCUGACUGUCAGGAGCUGGCAAGGUGCAGUGUGGGGAGGGAGAGGGAAGGAGAAAGGGAAAUGUUGCUUCACUUUACAAUCUCUCCUUGCAACUGCCACAUUUGGGAGCUCAGGAGGCCAAGUUCAGCUGUUCCACUGGGUUUGUAGUGAUGUGCAGUGUGUCCAGCUAUUUACCUGGCACAGAGUGAAAGAGGGGACUACAUUUGCUGACCUUCUCUGCUUUCCAGAGAAACCCAGAGGUAAGAGUAGUCCAGUGCUGGCUUUUUAAGCUCAAGUUUUGUGUUUUACAGCUAGGUUACAUUGUGCCCUGACCCCCUGAAACUGCUCCAACGUAUUUCACAGAGGUGAAAGAAACUAUGCCAAGCUGCCACCAGUCUCUUGACUUUUACCCACAGAAAUGAAAACCAAAACCAUACAGUCUCUGUUUAGCUUCAGAAAAGGGGCAAUGUCUGGAAUAUUUGUCAAAGAUUUUUGAAAGCAAUUGGUAAUUUUAGAUGCCCAACUUGAGAUGCCUUGAAGGGCACACAAGAGCUUCUGAGAAUCGGGGCCUGAGAAAUGCCUCAAGUUGAACACCCAGAUUCACCUGAUUAGUUUUCAACAUGUAGGCUUUGGAUUCCUAGUGUAACAUUCCCAUUGAUCUCAGUGGAGCUGGGAUGCUACUUCCAUCCUGUAGAGCUAGAAUUGAUUAUCCAGUGGGGGAGAAUCUGGCAAGACAACAUGAGCUAAAAGGAAUGAAGAGAAUGAGCAGAUAGGAGAGGGUGGCAGGAGGGGGUUGAUCUCUCUUAUUCUCACCCUUCCAAGUAUCUCAGAAACACAAGCAAAUCAUGUAUGCCUGAAGUGUAGUCCUGUUCCCUUACUCUUUGCUCUGAGGCAGGUAAUUUUGCAUACUUCCUGAAGCAGUGGCAGUUGGCUGCCAGUGUCUGGCCAUCUGACAGCCCAAUGUCUUGUAGCUUGUGAGAAUCGAGUCCCUUCUGUGUACACCGGAGUUUUCUUCCCUCAUUUGGGCAAUCUCAGCAUCUGAGGGGUUCUUCUGGAGGAUUGCUCUGGAGGAUUGCUCUUAUGCUACCUGAUUUAGAAGCCACUACAUGACAGACAGUCUUUCUUUUAAUUGGUACUCAGCAGCUCAGACAGACAGAUGUGUUAAAAUAAACCUUCCCUGCUAGAGGGACAGGGCUGACGAUUUUGGGUACUGGUUUCUCUUCUUUUGUCCCCAUCCUCUUGUUUUUCCAUUCUCUCAUUUUCCUUUUGCAUCUUGUCCAUACUUACACUGAAAGCUCCUCAGUGCAGAUAUUCGCUUCUGGUAUGUGAAAGUACAGUGCCCAGUAUGCUGGGUCUUAGUCAUUGUUUGGAGAACUGGGAUGUGACUAAAGUUAGUAAUAAUAACUAAGGGACUACAAUACUCAUGAGAGACAUAGUUUCCCCUUAACUCCAGGCUGCUGGAAUUUUUUGUAUUUGGCAGCAUGAGGUUUGCUGUCCCUUUACACCCACUUUAUCCUGGCUAGUGUAAUUACACUUACUUUUUGUCUGAUCCUUUUUGAAUCAUGUAAAGCUCUCUGUCUCAAUAUAUCAUGGCAGUAAGUUGCACAGAGCAGAUAUGGAUUAUAGCAAAAUAUAUUGCUUUACUAGUUUUAGCUAGAGAUGUGAAGGCCUGGAAAAACCCCUGUUUUUUCUCGAGGACUUUUUUUUUGUUUUUUUUCUGAAAAAUUGGAAAAUUUAAUUUUUUGUGAAAAAUUAAAAUAACCCUUCUUAUGAAAUAUUUUCUUUUAGAAUGAUGAAUAAAAUGUUUAAGACAAGGUGUUCAUAUAUUUCUACACUUUACUCCCCCAAAACGUUUUCUAAUGUAACUAUGUAAUAGGAAGACUUUUUAUGUAAGACUAUCUACAGUAUCAGAUUGUUACAGUUCCUGCACACUGAGGAAAAGCAGUACAGUACAAUUCUCAAAUGCAAGAGCAAGAUCCAUUUCUGCCCCCAGGGGGCACUGCCAUUUUCACAAGAGAAGGAACAAGGAAUCAGAGUCUUCUCUGCUUGUGGACUUCCUCUGUUGUUGACUUUUGAUCUAGAGGUUGGUGGAUCUGCGCCUGUCCUCCUGACUAGACCCCAAAGGACUGGGACUGGACUUUGGCAGUAGCAUCCAUUUGUUUCUGUAGAGAUUAGAAACAAGGAACUUAUUGCCCUGCUUGCUCAAAAACCUCAGGAGAGGAGACGGAGCAAGUCUAAAGGUUUUGGAGUUGGAAAGAACCUGUCUCCUCCUGGCCCCGUGACCUUGAGAUCCACAGAAGUACAGAAGCAAUGCAAAGGAGCUGAAAGAAAGUAUACUUCUUUAUUGAAAGGAUGAGAUUGAGGAACUGCGUGCAGAGAUGCUGGAGAUGAGAGAUGUCUACAUGGAGGAGGAUGUCUACCAGCUGCAAGAGCUUCGGCAGCAGCUGGACCAAGCCAGCAAGACCUGUCGCAUCCUGCAGUAUCGGCUGCGUAAAGCGGAGCGCCGGAGCCUGCGUGUGGCACAGACUGGGCAGGUGGACGGGGAGCUCAUACACAGUCUCGAGCAGGACGUCAAGGUGGCCAAGGACAUCUCUGUGCGACUCCACAAUGAGCUGGAGGCAGUGGAGAAGAAGAGGAUCAAGCUGGAGGAGGAGAAUGAGGAUCUCCGCCAGAAGCUCAUUGAAACAGAGCUGUCCAAGCAGGUGCUGCAGAAUGAGAUGGACAAACUGCGUGAGAAUUCCUUGAAGAAAAGGGGAUCUCGUUCUAUUGGGAAGAUUGAAAAGAAGCCAUCAGUUCAGGUAUUCAUAUACCAGGAGGACAGCACAGAUUUAAAGUGUCAACUGCAUUUUGCAAAAGAGGAGUCAGCUUUGAUGUGUAAGAAGCUGACAAAGUUAGCCAAAGAGAACGACAGCAUGAAGGAGGAGUUGGUGAAAUACAGGUCCCUGUAUGGGGACCUCGACAGCUCUUUGUCCAUCGAGGAACUGGCUGACUCUCCUCAUUCAAGAGAGGCAGAGCUAAAAGUUCAUCUGAAGCUUGUAGAGGAAGAAGCCAACAUCUUGAGUCGGAGGAUAGUUGAGCUUGAGGUUGAAAACCGAGGGUUGAGGGCAGAGAUGGAUGACAUGAAGGGACAAGGAGACAAAGAGCUGAUGGGGCAAGACAUCCGGUAUGCUUUCUCCUCCACAAACUGUGGGGACUCUGGAGAGAACCUUGUGGAGUUGAGGCGACACCUGCAGUUUGUGGAGGAGGAGGCAGAGCUUUUGCGGAGGUCAUUGAUGGAGCUAGAGGAUCAAAACAAGCUCCUCAUGAAUGAGCUGAACAAGUACAAAUCAGACCAUGACUUGGACAUCACCCUGUCAGAGGACAGCUGCUCAGUGAUCAGUGAGCCAUCCCAAGAGGAGCUGGCCACAGCCAAGGUUCAGAUCAGUGAACUCAGUGGCAAAGUGAAGAAGCUUCAAUAUGAGAACCGAGUGCUGCUGUCCAACCUGCAGCGCUGUGACCUGGCGUCCUGCCAGACAAUGAGGUUGAUGAUGGAGACUGAUGCUGAGGCUGGUGACUCUGCACAGUGUGUCCCAACCCCUCUCUGGAGAGAGGUGCCUAUUGGAGGAGAGAAUGAUUGUAAGGACCACCAGGAGAGAGUGCCUGGCAAUGGGACUGGGAAGUCUCAGGACAACAGCCCCACUAAGCUCUUUAAAUCCAAGGACUUUGAGACUCUCCUUGGUGUUCGGGAUCAGGCUGUGCUUGUCAGCAAAGCAAUUGAUGUCCUGAUUUCAGAUGCUAAUGGCUUCACCUCCAGUCUCAAAGUGUGUCUGGACAAUGACUGUGCAGAGCUGGUGCUAAAUGAGGCAAUGGAUAAUAACAGCGAAAGUAUGAAUGACUCCAAGCUAAUUAAUGUGCUGUUCAUGAGGCUCAGUGUCCUGCAGCAAGAGCUGAACUCCUUCAUGAGGAAAGUGGAUCAUGUUGGGGACUGCCUGAAGGAGCAGGCAGAGUCUUUCUCCUUUCUACCCAGCUCCGGCUCUCAGGACUCCACCAAAGAAGCUUUGCGGAAAGAGCACAGCUCCAACUUCCAGCAGCCUGACUUUAGGGAGCCCCCGGAGUGGGAUGGAGGGGGGAGUCGGCCCUCCGACCAUUACCGCAGCAACAACACCAAGGAUCUGGACCCCGACAUAGAACACCCCCGGAACUACAAACCGUACAGACCAGAUGAGAGUGAAUCCUACAUGACAGAGAUCAAGGAACUUCAGCUAGUGCUGUCUGAAGCCAAUGAGAGCCUGCAAGGCCUUCAGGAGCAGCUCUCCCAGGAACGGCAACUAAGGAAGGAUGAAGUGGAAAACUUCUCUCAGAAGAUCUGCCAGCUAAAAGAAGACCACCAGAAGGCUCUCCUGAGGCGAGAGUUUGAGUUGCAGAGCCUGAACCUCCAGAGGCGCUUGGAGCAGAAAUUCUGGAGCCAGGAGAAGAACCUCCUGGUGCAGGAGUCCCAGCAGUUCAAACAGAACUUCCUGCUGCUCUUCAUGAAGCUGAAGUGGUUCCUCAAGCGCUGGAGACAAGGAAAGAUCCUGCACAGUGAGGGUGAUAACUUCUUAGAGGUGAACAGCAUGAAGGAGUUGUACCUGCUGAUUGAGGAAGAGGAGCUCACUCCACAGCAGCAGGCAGAUAACAAGGUGUUUGCUGGAGAUGCCUGGACCCUGAACACGCCCAAUGAAUACAUCAAGACCUUGGGAGACAUGAAGGUGAUCCUGAAGGAGCUGUGUACGGAGCUGCGUGAAGAGAGGCAGGGCAUGAACGAGCUGCAGCAGCAGUUUGCUAAGGCAAAGGCUGCCUGGGAGAUGGAGCGAACCGAGCUCAAGUGCCACAUCACCCAACUGGAGUCCAAGGCAGGGAAAGGUGUCCCUGAGAGGACACUCCCUGACUGGAAAGUGGCCCUGAAAAGGGAGCGAGAAGAACAUCAACAUCUCCUGGCUGAGUCCUACAGUGCUGUCAUGGACCUUACCAAACAGUUGCAAAUCAGUGAGAAGAACUGGAAUCAGGAGAAACUGGAGCUACUGGGCCGGUUCAAGGAUGAGCAGCAGCAGGCAGAGCAGCAAGUGAAGGAGCUGCAGAAUAAAAUCAACCAGCUGCAGAAGGGAGCUGACCGGUGGGCUCUGAAACACUCUGAAAUGGAGAAGCACAGCAGCAACUGGAAAGAGGCUCUUAAUGAAAAAAUCACUGACAAAGAGAACAUUUCUGAAAUGGAUGCCAAAGGAACCAACUUAAAAAGGACAAAAUCUGUUUCCUCUAUGUCAGAGUUUGAAAGCCUGCUUGACUGUUCUCCCUACCUUCCUGGCAAGACCACCCCUGUGAUUUCUGACCACACUCGAGGCAAGAAGGUGUCUCCAGCUGCACAGCUCAUGCCUAAUGGCAUAGCAGAUACCACAGGAGUUAAAGCCAAAAAAUGUACAUAUGUGAAUACUGAGCAAUCCAACCCUGAUAGCCUGGUGAAAGACAAGUGGAGCAUCUCCUCAUGGGACUACUCCCAGGCAAACAACCUCUCUGGGCAAGAUCCGGCCCAAAAACAGAUGCAGAGAAGCUACACAGCACCAGACAAGACUGGGAUCCGCAUCUAUUACAGCCCUCCUGUUGUCCGAAGGCUAGAAGCACCACUAGUCCAAAACAAAGAGGGGAAGAUCAUGAUUGAGCCUGGCUUCCUGUUUACAAUGGCCAAGCCCAAGGAGCUGGGAGAAUCGGACAGCUCUGACAACAUGUACAGUAGCUGGCUGUGUAACUUCUCCAAGCAGCACCGUGAGCUUCUGGACAGCACCCCUGUUGAGAACACUGUGCCCCCAGUGCCCCGGUUCCCAUCCUCCCUGCAUGAUUUGGAGAUAUCUGGCAACAUGAGCGAUGACAUGAAGGAAAUCACCAACUGUGUCCGGCAGGCCAUUCGCUCCAGUUCACUGGAGAGAAAGGUGAAGAGUACCUCCAGCCAAACGGUGGGCCUGACGACCACUGGGACUCAGACCAUUCAGACAGUGAGUGUUGGUCUGCAGACAGACAUGUCCAGGGGCAGCAUCCACAGCAAGAGCUGGUCCCCACGCAGCUCCUCCCUAAUGUCUGUGCGCAGUAAACAGAUCUCUUCAUCUUUGGACAAAGUCCACUCCAGGAUCGAGCGUCCCUGUUGCUCCCCCAAGUAUGGCUCCCCUAAGCUGCAGAGAAGGUCUUCCUCUAAACUUGACAGUACCAAGGACAGAAGCCUGUGGAACCUUCAUCAGAGUAAGCAAAAUGGGUCAGCCUGGGCUAGAUCCACAACCACUAGAGACAGCCCAGUCCUCAGUAACAUCAAUGAUGGUCUGUCCAGCUUGUUCAGUGUUGUGGAGCAUGCUGGGAGUACAGAAUCCAUCUGGAAAACAGGGUGCCCAGAGAACAAAGCAAAGCCAGAAGCCCCCAGAUAUGGUAUAGUACAGGAGUUCUUCAGGAAUGUAUGUGGCAGGGUGCAGAGCCCCACAACUGCCACUGAGAAGAAGGAAGCAGCAGGGGAUGAUGGCAACAGAAAACUGGACCACUCUUUCCCAGCCACGUACCACCAAUCUGAAAAUGUUUCCAGGCUCCUAAAUAAGAAAACCCUGAAGCAAAGCAGCAGCGAUGAACUGAAGCCACCUUCCCCAGGCCAAGGAGGCAAAGACGGGGGCUGCAGGGAUCUGGACAUCAUUUCUGCUAUAGCCAGUGAGGACACAGCAUGUGACUGCAGCUCCCAGUCCCUCACUUCUUGCUUUGCCCGGCCAUCCCGCUCCACUGUUCGUCACUCCCCUUCCAAGUGCAAACUGCAUCCUUCAGAGUCCAGCCGGGCAGAAGAGAAGGCAGGGCCCCUGAGUGAGUGAGGACAGUGGGGACUGGGCUGUGCAGUAUGUCUGCUUUCAACUGUCCUGAUGAAAGAGCGCGCUUCCUGACUCUGCCAGCUCCUCUGCAGCCAGUGGGACUGAUUGUACCCUGGGAAAGCUGAGCAGGGGGCCCAGGGGCCCCUCUCUGAGACACAGGCACAGAUCCAUCUGUCUCCUAACUGUCCCCUAAUCAAGGGGAUGCUUAAGAAGCAGAUGCUGCACUAGAGUGAGGAGGAUGAGGCUCCCAGCAAUACAUGUGGACUUGUUCCAGGGGACUGCAGGGAAGCCCCGCUGGGGUGGGUGGCCCCUUUCAUUGAGGAAGUAACCUGCAAACCUCAUGGCUCCUGCCAGUAGGAGGACAGUCUCCAGGAGAGAGAGGAGCCCCCAGAGCCUGAUGUGGAAUCACUGUGCCAUCUCCAUAGCCCUUCAGGCUCCUCAGAGACUUGCUCCCUGAGGGUCCCCACUUCGGGCCAAUGCAGCUCCUUCCCUGGCAGUGGUCUGUUGCCUUGAGAGGAAGAAUGAAGAGAUGGGCCUCACCUGACGUGGGCUGUUGGCUCAGACAGCUGCAGUCCUGCAAUGGCCUCUGCAAAGACCCUCUGGCGCCAGGGACUUCUGGGAUCUAUGCUGCUGCCUUUUUUGCUCAUACCAGUCCUGGAGAGGGGUUGCUGCUGGGAGAGCAGAUUGGUCAGCACCCAGAGACAGUGCCACAGUAAUGGUGAUGAUGCUGUUCACAGACAGGGCUGUGGGGAGGGUGGGGGGAACUGUGGGCUCACGGUAUAAAGCCUAUUGAAGCUGUUGUCUGUCAUCUCCCAUCCCAGUGCAACUGAAACAGGCACUCAGGGAGCUCUGUCUUCAGAGAGCGCCCCCUUCAAAGAGUCUGUCACCGGCACCCCCCUUAACAGACACCUGCAGACAGUGCCACAUCCUCCUUUCCUGCUGCAUGCGGGGACUGCUCAGCACAUCCCAGCUGGAUUUGGAUUGCAGCACUGUUGCAUGACCCUUUGCAGCAGGUGCCUGCUCCUGUGCUGGAAAGCUGCAGAGAGAGGAGGAUCCCAGGGUUCAUGGAGAGGGCAUGUUCAGGUCCUUGUCCCCAAAACAAUACUGGAUUCCUUCUCCCUCCCCUACCCCAUGGAACAGAAAGGCUGCUACACAAAACAGCAGCCAGCUCUGCCCCCCUGGGGUGCUCCAAGUGAAAGCUCUUGGGCUUACCAACAGAGUGCAAAUCUGCAUCAGGACUGCAGCUGCUGCCUUGGCCUCUGGCUGCCUUUGGGGAUUUUGGCUGCAGAAGCUCUGGAACCACCUGACUUCUGAAAGCCUGACCCCAAGAUAUGCAACUAAAUGCAGGGGGGAGAGAAGCUGGGCCAAUCAGAAGGUGGACAUCUAGGCAGCAGUAAAUACAGAGCUUGGGUAGCCUUCUUUAUACUGUACUUGAAGUGCUAGGUACAAGGUGUUGACAUGCUGGCACUUGGAUGAGCUAUGAAUAUCUUUUGGGCUCCUUUCUCUCCCUGCCAUGCCUUCAGUGAGGCAGUGUUGCACCCCACCAUUGUUUCAAUUUCAGAGGGGUUUUACUUAGUGCUACUCCAACAGCUGUUCGUGCCAAUAACAGCUCCUGAAAGGUUCCAGUUCCUGUCAGAGGUGUUCAGCUCCCCAGGACAGUUGCCUUGGCUGUGCUCCAGGAGACUCUUUUAGUUUCUAAUUUAUCACUGAUACUUAUUGGUACGCUGUUCAUGAUGCAAUUUGUAGAGGUCUUAAGGGGUCACUUAUUAGUGUGCUUGGCCUGUUCUUAGCCUGCAGCUUGUUAUUUUUGUGUUCAAAAAAGGCAGGAAUGUUUGAUCUGACAUGCUGGGUGCAAGUGUGUGCAUGAUGUGUCACUAAAGGGGCAGAUGCUUUUGGUGCCACAGCCAGAACUCAGUCAGGCAUUCCCUGAACAGUAUGGGUGCCUAGAUGUAAUUCAAGUUGAAGCAACUGCUGAAGGACCCAUACUUCUGCCCAGCAGGUACUGAGCACAGCACACACUUCUCCCCCAUGGGCUCCUUCACUCAUUUCCUGAUCAGCUCCUCCUUUGUCUGUAAAGCUGGCUGUACUCUUGACCACAUCCCCCCCCUUGUGGGGGCUGGGUUUACUCCACUUGCCUGUUGCCUUCUGGUCCCUAAUGCUGAUCAGAUACCACAGUGGUGAGUGGGGGUAUUAAGAUUUAGGGUGGUAGUUUUAGACCAGGGGGGCUAGUCCAGACAGAGGGAAUCCAUUGGCUUUGUGCCAGUGUAGUUACUACACAAGGGUCACUGGGUAGUGCCUUGGUGUAAUCAACCCUGGCCUUGAGUUAAGCAUGUAGUGAGCACAGUCACUAUGGGAGCCAUCAGCCUGACAGAUGGCUCAAUGGUAUCUGUCCAGCUAUCAGCCUGACCACUGUGGCCUGUGCUAACAGGGGUCAAGCACCAAGUCUGUUCUUAAGCUCCUGGUCAAGCAGCUCCUGAUUUUGCUGCACUUAAUGUGGUACCAAGUUAAGCUCACUGCAAGGCUGUGGCUUGGGGAGCACUCAAGCCACACCCCGUUAGCAAGCUGUAAUUUAAAAUCCCAAAGCCUUAUAGGUGGCAGUAAUGGCAGGUGCUGUGCCAGGCCUAGGCUCAUUUGUCACUGGGGGCACUGAAAGCAAAUGGGUCACAGCACAGAGAACUACAGGGAGCUUCUCUCUGCCUAUCCCUCUCUGAGAGCUCCAGAACCAGUACCAUUUUACACCCACUUUGCACAGGUUUGAGUGAGUCCCUGAAGGACGAGUCAGGGAUAAUCUAGACUUGUUUGAUGCUCUCAUCAGCCUUCACUAGGCAUGUCUAUCCCCUGGGCAGAGGCAGGGUUUCACCACAGAGCUGUUCCCACCCUCCCUGGCAGACUGGUAUCAGCCUGUGACGAUCCCAGUGAUUCUGGAGAAGCACUUUCUGGUCAUGGAAGGAGGCUGCAGCUCAACUAUUCACUUCUUGCACAACAGGCUGCCUUGCUGGGUGCAGGUAAGGGAAACAGAAGAAGCCUUUCCAUUUCCCUCCCACCUCAGCACCAGCAGUCACAGUGCCACUAGCAUGCCAUGAAGCCCAGACCUGCCAGCCUGCUUCCCUAUGCUGUUUAAUAUUGCAGCUGAGUCCAUCUCCAGGUAUCUUUAACUGCUGCUCCUUGAUUGGGACAUUCCAAGCUGCAGCCUCCAUGUACAACAUGCUAGUGCUGGAGAUACCCACUGUAAGAUAGGGCUGGGCUGUUCCUCAGUGCUCCAGUACCAGUGAUGUACCACAGGCAAAGCUCCUUGUCACCUUAAUUCAGAUGUGUGGUGCUCAUAAUUCAGCUCCUGAAUUCUGACCAUGUGAGCAUCUAAGGAAAGCUGCCAAAUUUAUCACCCCAUUCCCCCAGCAUUACAAAGCUAUUCUGGUAAAAACACACAAACAAGUCACUGUGAGGUGUGCAGCAGCUACAGCAGUGGGGGCCAACCUUGGCAGGCAUGCUGCCUGGCACUUACCCAAAUGCCACUCUGAUCCCCUCCCUCUGCCUGAUUUGUUGCUCUUCUUUCUGCUCUCUGCUCUGUGCUUCAUGCCUGCUUUGCUUUUUGCUCCAUGCCUUAUCUGCUGUUGUGCUGCUGGCCCCUUCCCCAGUCUGCUGCAUGUCACACACAAGCUACCCAUGUCACUUGUGGCACACAUGCCACAGGUUGGCAUCCCCUGAGCUAGAACAUGAAUUUAUAGCACAUCAACUAUGCCAUAGUAACUGCCUGGCAGUAAUUGUGAGGUAGCUGACACCAGCACACACUAAGAUCAUAGCCUCAUAGUGACUUGUGCAUAUGACCACACCCUUAUUUAAAAUGAAUGUGGAGAGAUGGCUUUCAACAAACCCUGCUUGCUGGCAACCUUUCUUCAAACAAAUAUAUAGGCAAGUUAAAAUUUCUCCACAGGGACACUUCUGAUACCCUUUAGCUCCCCCAUGGCAUGUCCCAGCCUUUUCCCUGAAUUCAGUCUGCUGAGGUUAGGAAAGCCCAGUAGAUAUCCCUGGGCAUGUGGUUCUGGCUGACAGAGGAAUUGGCCGAGAGAGAGAGAGACGCCCUUUUUCCUGGCAGUGCUUAGUCUAGCCCGAGCCCUACUCAGCUGGACAUGCGAAGACAGCUGACUUAAUCAGACUUGAAUUCCAGGUGUUUUGCUGUACUGGGACCCUACUUUCCCUCCAGCCCCCAUUACCUUUCCUUUAAUGAGCACCGGCCUCCACUCUUGUCUCUGAAGUCUGUUUCUUGUUUGUUUUAUCAGCACAGUUCUUGGCAAAGUCUGUUAAUUUUGGCUUUCCACCAAGGUUGCAGGGAACGUAGAGGGAGACACUGCAUAUGGGGUGAAUUGUUAUGAUAUGAAUGUAAGCAGUACGUUCAUAGAGGAUGGGGCUGGGCUCGAUGUGUGGCUGCUGCUGCCUCAUCCUCUGCAAGUGGUGCUGUGCUCGGCACUUAGCUGGUGUGGCUCCAUCGUCUGUGAGCAGCGCUGGCAUGGCCCAGGCAGUACCGCUUGCAGGAGAUGGGACUGUGCCACCUGAGCGGUGAGCCCAACCCAGUGCUUGAUUUUUUUAUUUAUUUAUUUAUUUUUUGAUGUGGCACAGUGUAUAAGUAGAAAUUGAUUUUUAAGACCCAAAAAUUGGGCUUCAAAACCUGACUUAAACACCAUGUAAUAUGGUACUUGCUUAUUAAAGUGUCUUAAGGAUAUCCCUUAUUUUUUGGUUUGCCCUGAGGGCCUGUGCUAAACAUGAGGUGGUGUGGGGGCAAAUCACUCUGAGUUUUUUAAACUGAAGGACUUUAAAAAAAAUAAUGCAAUUAGCUAAUUUGGGGAGAUGGAUGCUAAAAUAAAAACACCAAUUGGAUUAAGAGAUUGCAGGUUCUGAGGGCUGACACUUAAAUCCUGCAGCCUGCUAGUGAGCAGAAUUUGGAAAUGGAGGGGGAGGAGAUGGCAGGAUAGAAAGCAAGAUGUCCAUGGUAGUUCAGAGAUCCACCUCAGCCCAGGAGAGCUUUAGCACAUUAUUAAGUCACACUGCUAAUGCUGACAGAUUUCUCAUUCUAAAAAUACAACACCAGCUGCCUUAUGUGCUAAUGAAGCCCAAUUACCUGUCUGCUGCCUUCUAGGGCACUUUCUUCAAUGUGCACUGCUUGGAAAAAGGGUAGAAAGCAUCUUCUGUUGCCAGGUAGAGAUUAUUGGAUUUAAUGCAAAGAGUAGAUUAGUAGUUGUAGGAGGUGGAGACCAAACCUGUGGAAAUGACCCCACUCAGAACCUGCAUCUUCAUGUGUUACAGCCCCACACUCUAGGGGCUGGAGAGCAAUUAUCAGUAGAUGUCUUCAACUGCCUACUCCCAUGGGGUGUGAAUUGUUCCCCUGCUUGCUACUCCGCAUGGUUCUGUUCACUGUGAGUCCUUGUACAUGAAGCUGCUACCCCUUCUCCCUCAUGGCUUUGCUGCAACCACAGGCAGGCAGGGUGCAUGCUACACCAUAGCCAUGUCUUGUCCUCCGGCAAAAUCUGUGUGUUACUGUGUGCCUCCCUUACCAUUAGAAUACACAAAAGAUUCAGUGUGGUUUCUACUUGAGUGAUUCCUGGUGUCGCCUUCUGUUGACAUAUCCAGAGAGUGUCUGGGCAUGUCCUCACCGGAGGAGCAGAACACAAAGUAGGCAGCUUAUUGUUCACCCUACUCAGUAAGCCAAAACUGUUGGAGCCCAGUUUUCAUGUGACCCUUGCUAAUUUUUGCAUGUGUUUGUAGAGCUUGGGGUUGGAGUCCCUCCAGGAGGGGCUGGGACAGUGUUAUUAAUGUGGUUGGUAACUCAUGUUGUAAAUACUUUUGUUUGGGAAAACUUUUAGCAUUUUCAUUGAUGACUAGAUUUUUUUUAAAAGAGCCUCUACUUUUUGGAAUGUGGUUUUUCAUUUUUACAAUGCCUUUGAAUUGUAAUAUUUGUAUGUUCUGUCAUGCUGUAAAUAACAGUGCCAGGUGUUUCUGCUAUGGGGGAAUUAAGGACUAGUUCUGUGGCUAGGAUACAGCUUUAGCUCAAAUAUGCUUCAAGGUACAAUGCCUUGUCUCAGCAAAGUCAGUUGAAGGAUGCAAGGAGGUACCUGGGCAGCUCUGAGCUGUGGGGGGUGUAAUGUGCAGCCUUUCACAGAGUUACUUCUUGCUUUGAAGCAGAGGAAACAGUCUCCAAAAGUUCUGAGCGUCACUCAGCUGGGGACCUCGGGGGCCACCCCAUUCUGAAAAUUGUUUGACAUCUGGCUACCACCACUUCCUAUACCUUUGGUUACAUCUGCUAUGUCCUGUUUCCCAGGACAGAAGGGUCUGUGUGUCUGUAGUAGAAAGCUAUGAUUUCACUGAAUUCCCAUUCUUCUCACUUGAUUAUGUUUCCUCCCUGUGCUUGUGUAUGUGAGAGGAGAGCUGCCCUCUGGGAACUGCUGUCCUUACAGACCUUCCAUGUGGGACUAAUGAGCUGGCUCACAAAGGGCAGAGCUCUGUCUCUGCUUCACCCACAGCAUUGCAGCCUUUUCCCUGGUCACCCUCAUGGCAGCACUAGCGUCUGUGAUCACUCAGCCCCAUGCAAAAUGUCUGCUUUUGUGGGAAGCUUAGGGCCAGGGAAAGGAAUGGGAGUGCUGUAGCCAAAGAUCUGUUGGCUGCUGCCUACUGUUCCCUGUAUCUUCUCUCAAUGGCCCUCAGGUUUCCAAGGUUGGGUUCUUUGCUCUCCCCUUCCUCUAGCGUAGCCCCAUGUUCACAUGAAGAACAGUUCUUCUGCUUCUGAUGGCGGGGCUUUCUAAUUUGCUCCAUACUUCAUCUGUAUCAUGUGCCUCCUUGUUGUACUUUAGAAAAUAAAGGGACUAUGAACCCUCAACUCAA